GCCUAAACCGAGUAUUCUGCACCACUUUAAAUAUGGGCAGUAUUUUAUCUCGGCCUUGGGGCUAUGAGAGUAUAGAUGUGGAUGUCGUUUUCUCAAAAGACGCACAGAAAUGGAAGCACAGCGCAAUUUCGAUGCUGGAAAAUAUGAAAUUGGAAAACAGAGGACGUGAUCUCAAAUUAAAAGUGCACUGUAUGAACGCUCAAGAUGCUGUAGAUAAUAUAUGGAUCGUAUUUUGUAAGGUUGUGUGUUUUCCAGAGCAGGGAAAUGUUGACGUUGUAGAGUCAAUACGAAAUGUCCAGUUACCAAAAGCAGAAAAAGACGGCAUGGUUAUCAUGAUCGGAGAUAAUGCAGAGUUUGAAUUCGUUCCAUGUUACGAAGAUUCGAGGAUUAAAUACAUUACAGUUGUCAGUUUUCCAGACAGCACAUACAGAGCAUGUUGGAUGAUCAGUGGCCUUUUUUCAGGGGAUUAUAGUAGAAGCGACAAAAAUACUUUUGGGAUCGAGCCUAUUUGGGUGACAGGAGAAGACCCUGUAGAGGAAGGGUCCACCUGCCUCAUCCUCUGCUUCACACUGUCUCGUCUAAUGGAUGACAUUUCAGCUAUUGUGAAGAUAACACCAAAACGUUGUAAUUGUAUGCUUGUUGUGAUCCACAACUGCAGACAGGGAACCUCUCCUGGGCCAGUGCUAAAACAUAAUCCUGAUGACUGCUUCCAAGACUUUACUAAUAUUAUCUACGGCGAGGGUGACUGUUACAUUUGCUCCCUGAACUCAGAAGCAACAGAGACAAUUCAGGCCUUUAUCGACAAAAACUUAUAAUUGAUUUUUAACCAG